AUUCAUUUGAGAACACAGGACACACUUGGGACGACCCACAGACAGCUCAGUUCAGAUCGAGAAGCUGUAACACUAUUCAUUAUGAUGUCACAUUACGUCGUCGCCUCGCUAACGUUGCUAUGGACGUGUCACGCCCAGAUCUCGCGCACGGUGACGGACACGCUUCGGGUUGCUAAUGGAGGUGUGUGGGGGACCUGGACCACGGACGAGUUCUGUCCACCUAACCAGUUCGCGGUCGGGUACGACAUGAAGAUUGAGGAUUACCAGUUUACCGGGGACGACACGUCUCUGAACGCGAUCAAGCUCGUCUGUUCGGAUAUCGAGGGAAAUCAUUUCGGACAGAACAGCAUCACUUCCGGUCAAUCUCAGUUUGGCGCAUGGAAGGGUCGCGUGACAUGCAACCAGCCAAUCGGAACCGCCGCCUUCUUGACGGCCUUUGACCUGGAAGUGGAAGGAGAUCAAGGUCGCCUAGACGACACCGCAGCAGGCUGGGUGAAGUUCAAGUGUACUAACAUGGCGGACGACAGCGUUCAGGACCUGAACAAGGAUCCGGGUCAGAGCUUCGUCGGGGCCUGGGGAGGCUGGAGCUCUUUCUGUUCCCGAGGCUCGGCAAUUUGCGGCCUCAAGACACGAAUUGAGUCGAAUCAGGGUAGUGGUGACGACACAGCGCUUAAUGACGUCAUUUUUUACUGCUGCAGCGUGACUGGAAGUGGCUUUCUUGUUGGGAAAUAAUCAAGUCUUCUGUUCGUUUUUGCUGUGACUACAUUGAAUGCAAUUGCAGCUCUUAAUUUGUGAACAGCCUCGUUUUUAUUGGUCAGAAUACAAUUUUAUCGGAACAAGCAAA